AUGGAGGCCGCAGACAUCGAUUGGGCCACCUGCCGCGUGUUUGAAAAAUUGGAUGGCUCUCUGACAAUCCUUUAUUGGCUGCAUGGCAGUUGGCAGGUUGCUUCUUCCGGCAAGCCUGACGCCUCUUCAAUGGUAGCGUACAAUGACCCUGGGGGCAGGUUGCCGAUGAGGGAACUAUUUUGGCAGACUUGGGAAGAAAGGGGCUACCGCCUCCCAACACCUCCAGGAGAUGACAGAAGUCACUACCGCUGCUACAUGUUUGAGCUCACGUCGCCACGUCAUCCCAUCGUUGUCCAGUACAGCGACGCUGCAUUGACUCUGAUUGGCUGCCGAAACAUGCACACGUUACAAGAGGAGGAUCCUGCUCCAAUCGCUGCAGCUUUGGCUGGAGGGUACAACAAGAAGUGGAUGUGCGGGCGCUCAGCAGUGAAGAGGGAGCAGGUGCCCUCACUGCUGAUCUUGUCCGCCGGGCAGCACAGACUUUGCAUGGGUCGGAAGACGAAGGCUUUGUGA